UUAACAAGAGGUACAUUUAGAAGAAGAGAUGUAUAUUUAAAUGGUGGGAGGCCUCAUGGAGGUGGAGGUGGGGGAGGAUCAGGAGGAUCAGGAGGAGGUGGUGGUAGAACAAUAGCUAAAAAUCUUUUCAAAGGAUUCCCCUCUGGAUCCUUCCAGAGAGGUCAGAGGAUCCUCCUCUACGCCCGUCCAAAGACUGGGCCAAACGCUAGUCAAAUGACCGUAAAUCUUUAUGCCUACAAUCAAAACAUCCUCUUCCAUUUCAAUCCAAGACCUGAGGAAAAUGUGGUGGUCCGAAGCACGAGCAUCGGAGGAGUCUGGCAGGCUGCUGAUCGUGACGGAGGGUACCCAUUCGCAACGGGAGUUCGAUUCAACUUAACCAUCGUCAACGAGGCGGCUGGCCUUCAGAUGUACGUGAAUCGGAACUUUUUCGGGGCGUACCGGCAUCGCACGGAAAAUCCAUUCAGAGCCUACGUUUCUGUGUCAGCUAGCGGUGCAAUGGAUAUUUUUGGGUUGGUAGUGGUGUAA